AUGUGUUCCUCAUCAAUGACUGUUUGCAUCUUGAUAUUUCUUCAGAUCUCCCAUGUGCUAAUUGCAGGUAAGCAAGCUACUUUUGUAAAGUUUACUGCAGUGAGCACCUCUGAGAUAAUACUUGUGUGCAAAGCACAGUAAGAGUUGUUUAAUGAAGUAAAAUCCACCACUUUCCGAGGGAAUCCAUCCCACUGUUUGGCAACUCUUACUGUCUGAAAGUUCACCUGUAUUCUGCAGAAUAGAGUGGGACUUGCUUUUCUUCAUCAGAACAUUAUACUUUAGUUGAUGCAGCCAAGAAUAGCUUUUUUUCUACUUCAUGACAAUGUUGACUCAUGUUCAGAUUGUGGUCCACUAAAACCCCUAGAUCCUUUUCACAUGUGCUAUUCGCAAGCCAGGUGUCCCCCUUUUAUAUUUGUGCAGCUGGUUCUUCUUGCCUAAGGGCAGAAUAUUACAUUUGUCCCUAUUGAAAUUCAUUUUGUUAGUUUGGGCCUAGUUUUUCAAUCCAUUAUGGUUACCAGACGUCCCUAUUUUCCAGAGACAGUUCCCAGAUUUUCAAAUCAGUUCCCUGACAAAAUCCAUCUAUUUAGUAGGAAGUUGAAAAGUGUCCCCAGAUUCAUGGGAAAAAAUCUGGUAACCUUAGGUGAAGUUGAAUCCCAAUUCUGUCUUCAGUGGCAGUAUCUACCCCACCCAGUUUCAUGUCAUCUGCAAAUUGGACAUGCAUUCUCUCAAUUCCUUCAUCCAAGUAAUUUCUAAAGAUAUUAAACAACAACAGACCCAGGAUUGAACCCUAUGGCAUCCUACUUAUCACUUUUUUCCAGGACGAUGAGGAAUUAUUAGAGAACCUUCUUUGGGUUCGGUCUAUCAACACGCUACAAAUCCACCUAACAGUUACCUCAUCCAAUCCACAAUUUAUCAGCUUCCUCACAAGAUUAUCAUUGUUGAAGGCUUGGCUAAAAUCAAGGUACACUACAUCCAUGGCAUCCCCCUGAGUUUUGAAAGUUUUGAAAACUCUUCAAAAAAAGAAAUGAAACUUGGCAUGACUUGUUUUUGAGAAACCCAUGCUGGAUCUUUUAUUUCAUCACCCUGUUUUUAGGAUGUGAAGGUAGAGAGCAUUUCAUAUUUAGAGUAGGAGUUGCACAAUUGGGGCAAGGACUGGAUAUACUUAGCAGUAGGGGCUACCAUGGUUGGUGAUGGGUGCCAUAUCCUUCCAGCCCCCAAAAAGAAUUCCAUGGAGGAAUCACUGCCAGUAGUGGUCAGUUUAAGGUGAACUUUUGAUUUUUGUUUUUAUUCCUCAAAGGUCAAUUUGCAAUCAUUCCACCCAAAAAACCUAUAGUUGGUUUCCUUGGAAAAGAAGUGCUCCUGCCAUGUCAACUAACAUCAAGGGUACCAGAAAGCACCAACAUCCAGGUCCAGUGGAUCUUGGAUAAAUCCUCAGAAAAAAUUGAUGUGAAUUCCUACUAUGGUCAAAACAGGCCAGAAACACAGGAUAAUAGAUACCGAGGUCGAGCUGAGCUUUCCCGUACUGAUCUUAAUAAAGGAAACAUGUCUCUGAUUCUGAAGAAAACCCAUCUGUCUGACCAAGGAAACUACACCUGUAUGAUAUUCCUUGGAGAAUGGUAUAAUGAAGUGGUGGUUGAGUUGCUUUUGGCAGGUGAGUUUAUUCUUAUUAUUCUUAUUAUUACGGUUGCCAAAUCUCUGGGGCUGACCUGGAGUAUCUAGGUUUGCCUGCCCCAUUCCAGGGUGCAGAAAGAGGACUUGAAUCUCCAGGUAGGCAAGAGCACCUUUGGGGGAAUACCAUGUUUUUAGAAAACUCUGAAUCCAGCUUGCAAGCUUCAACUCCGAAGAAGCCAAUUGCUAUAUUUUGCGUAUGGAGGGGGGGUGUCUGCCAAUUAACCUCCUUCUCCAGGGCUCUGUGGUGGGAGAGAAAGCAGAGGAAGAAAAGGAAAUGGGCUGGGUUCUAGAGGAGGAUGGGGUUAAGAGUAUGCAUGGACACUUGGCACAAGAUGCAUGGCUGCAGAAGAGAGAGGAGCACAUGAAGAAUAGCAGCAGCAGCCAAGCCUUGCUGCCUCCACCACCUACACCUAACUCCUGGAUGUCCUUCGUGAGCACCUCUGAGGAGGCAGGGACAUUGCCAGGUGCUGUGGGCCUUAUUAAGCAUAGAUUUUCAGAAAUACAAGUUGUCAAACCUAAAACUGUAGAACCCAGGUCAGUAACUCAUUCAUUCAGACUUCUCCAUCUCUUUGCAGCCAAGAGCACUACUCACAGGACCAAUCAUCCUGUAGCUCAACAAUACAAUACAAUACAAUACAAUACAAUACAAUACAAUACAAUACAAAAAAAAGAUUUUUGAAUGGUAGCUUGGCACAAAAUGUGUACUGUAAGAACUGACUGUAAUAAAGUAUCAUUCCUGGUGUUUGGUCAGAGUGCAGAAACUCUAGAUAGGUUCUAUCAUAUUUGGAAUGAUGGAAAAUUAAUAUGUGGUGUUCUUCUUUUGCAGCAAAAGGAACCGAGCCCACCAUUGCCUUGGUAGAUUAUAAAGGCUGGAAGAUUGGCCUCACCUGCAGCUCCAACGGUUGGUACCCAAAGCCCAAGGCUUUCUGGCUGGACAGUGAAGGGAAAGUCCAAAGUAAACAGUCAGAUACUACAAUCACAGAGACCAAGGCAGGGAACUUCAGUGUUUCCAGUUCCGUUACAACAGAAUCAGGAAUUGACCAUGAAGUCUCUUGCAAAAUCAUCAACGAACUGCUAGGGAUGGAGAGUGAAUCGAGAAUCCUGAUCUCUGGUGAGUAGGGAUGAAGCAAAAGGGCCAAGAGAUUCAAUGCUUUCACUGUGUUUUCACUACAAGUACUAUAUAGGAAGAGAGAGGUUUGGGAAAUUUAUUCCGUUUUGAUGCCUCUGAAGUACACAAGGCUCUUUGUUUGAAUGGAUUAUCCAGAUUAUCUACAACUGUAGUUCUGCUCAGCAGCAUUUCAUCAGUUAUCAUCUGGGGUAAUGGCUAAAGUGUCUUCUGGUUCCCAUAUCCACUAUUCACCAGAGAGGCAGGCAGGUCACAGCUGAAGCACCCCUAUUGCCACAACUUCAGCUCAAUCCCUCCCAAAAUGGGAAGUUCAGGAGAAUUUGGGGCAAUGGAGGUGAGUGGCAAAGUCAGACUCUGGUUAGUUUUGCAACUUGAAACCGUGGGGUUAGUUCUGCUGUAACUGAGAUUUUAAUGUGUGUUUCAGAUGCCCUUUACCCUGCCACUUCCCCUUGGCUAGCACCCUUCCUAAUCAUUCUGUUGAUUUUCAUCUGCCUUCUUGUUGGUGCUGGGUACAAAGUCAGACGUAAGUAUUAAAUCUGUCAUUUUCAUAAUCCCAUUAAACUGUAGAUGUGAACUGUUACAGAAACUUUCUGGUUUUUUGUACCCAUGUUUAUUAAAAUGAGUGAUGUGUUCUUAGAUACAGAGAAGAAAUAGGGAACAUACCAGUUAAAUCAAUACGUAUUUACUACAGCCAGUAAUUGCUCCUUAAACUGCCUUAAAAUGAGCAUAGUUUAAAAGCUGCUUCAGGCAAUCAGAGUCACUUCCCCAACAGAUACCGUAGUUGGCAAAUUUAGUGCAGUUUACAUUUUAAUGUGGUUCUACCUAUGUUGGACUCAGCAAACCAGGACGUGAACCAAAAUGCAAAUUUAUUGAAUUUUGUGAUUCAUUUUUCAACCUGAAAUAUAUUAGGGGAAAGUAUACACAAAAAAUGCAUAUACAGUGGUACCUUGGGUUACAAACUUAAUUUGUUCCAGAGGUCCAUUCUUAACCCAAAACCGUUCUUAACCUGAGGCGCACUAUCACUAAUGGGGCUUCCCACUGCUGCCGUGCGAUUUCCGUUCUCAUCCUGGGGCAAAGUUCUCAACCCGAGGUACUACUUCCAGGUUAGCAGAGUUUGUAACCUGAAGUGUUUGUAACCUGAAGCGUUUGUAACCCAAGGUACCACUGUAUUAGUGAAAAUAAUGCAUCAUAUUAAAAGAAAUAGCAUUCCAAGAUGUGUGUAUUAAGAGAAAUAAGGACUGUCAGAUAAAUAAAUUGUCUGAUUUCUAUAAUUUGCUAUAUUUAUUUCAGAGAAUUAUCAGAAGUUAUCUCAGUAUGGUGAGUAACUGACAGUGACAUAUUUUAUACAUAUCAUUUAUGCGGCGGGACGACGAAGAGUGAGGCCGGGAAGAUGGCGCUGCAGCAAUUUAGGCUGCUAAACACGCCCCCUCGCAGGCACCUGGUUGGGUGCCCGCCCGUGGGCAUGGGCGCCUGCCAGAUGAGUGGGAGGCAGGGGGCUAACGCCCCCUGCUUGAGGCGUAGUCCGGAUCCCGACCGCAACCACCCCCCCUCUCUUGCAGGAGGAGAGUCUAUGUCCCAUUCCAUAAUGAUAAUUUUACUAUUUAUACCCCAGACACUCUGAGCAGCUUCCAACAUACAUAAAAACACAAUAAAAAAUUAAACAUUUUUUUUAAAAAAACUAUACAGGAUUGCCUUCAGACAGCUUGGGAGUCAAAUAACUCCAAACCUUCUAACAUUUCUCCAAUGAAAAUAGGGACAACCUAACGAAAAGAGGGACACUCUGAGCUCAAAUCAGAAACUGGGACGGCUCCUCUAAAUCAGGGACAUCCCUGCAAAACAGGGACACUUGGAGGGUCUGGUAGAUGAAGUCAUGCUCAGACAUCAUCUUCCUGCUCAUAUCUGUAGGAUCAAUUGAAAUAAGAUCACUGAUUAUAGUGAGUCUACUUUGAUUAUGAUUUGUUACAUGUAACCAAGAAGUGGGGGAAUCCACAAUGGCUACAAUUAAUUUCUGGUUGUUUUGGAGAGAAGCAUUAAAUGCAUACUUUCUGUUUCUGGAGAUGACACCUACCUUAAAUAUUUCCACUGGAAUCCCUGGUGACCUUGGUGGCUAGGAGUGCCUUUUGUCACCUUGGGCAGGUGCCACAGCUAGAAUCAUUCCUGAACUGUGAUAGCUUGACCACAAGAGUUCAGUCAUUGGAAAUGCCAAGACCCUAGUAAUUCAUUCUAUACAUGACUUCUCUUGUGGUUGUUCUGGAAACUGCAGUCAGUGCAGAAUGCUGCAAUACUGGCUGCACUGGCUGCAACUUUGUUACUAAGCUAAGUUAAAGGUAUUGCUAUUAGUAUGUAAAGCCAUUAACGAUUUGGAACCACUUUACAUGCCAAUUUGAAUGUUUCAGUCCGCAGAACUUGCACUUUUACAGGUGCCACAAACUUCUUUAUUUCAGCAAGUCUCCCCAGAUAUAUAUUUACGUAGUUAUCUAUGCUCUAUUUCAGUGAUAUUUAUCUUUUGUAUACUUUUUAAUCAGUCUUGUGGGUUUUAACUGAGUUUAGCUGAGUUUUACCAAUUGUUUCAGUGUGUGCAUCACUUUAAAAGCUUUAUGAUUAAGUGGUCUGCACAUCUUUCUAAACAGAUACAGUGCAGCAUAUAAUGUUCAGUAAAUAAAUGAAUAAUGUUUUAAUGCAUCUUGUUUUCUGCAGAAAAACAGAAAAAUGAAGCACAAGCAGGUAAAUGCCUCUAAGAGAGAUGCACAUCUUCUAUAGUACUGUUCCAUAAUUGUUUAUAUUUUUAGCAUAUGCCUCCCCCAUCAGUAUUGUUUUCAGGGUGACUAACAGUAACACUUUUUUAAAAGCCCAGUAAAGAGGAGCAGGAGAAAGAUAGCAAAAUUUUAACCACAAUAAAUGAGUGAGCCCCAGAAUUUUUAAAUAAAUAAAUAAACGCUCUUAUUACCUGGAAAAACUUAAUGUGCUGGAAUAGCUAUAUGAGUGGAUGGUCAUACAGUAGCCUUGGUGACUGAAACUAUUCAUAGUAGAGGUUGGGUUGAGUUGAGCAAGGAAGAAAUAAUCCUGUCACAUCCUCAAGAUACCUUGUCAAGCUAAUGCUUUAUAUACCAUAACUUGUAUUAUUAAUAGUAGUUGUGUUGGCAAUAGUAACUAACAGGCAGAGUAGUAGAAGGGACUCUCCCACACAAAGAUACCCCUUUAGCUAUAUUUGUGGAAGUAAAUUCUUGAUUAAUCAUACUUACAUGUAUGUAUAGAGUGUGUAUGACUAACAUUUUGCUAUCACUCUUUUCAGACCGAAAUCAUGUAACCGAAGCAAUAGGUAAGAUCAGAUUGUUUCCCUUUUCUCAAGCUCCCUUUUAUAUAUAGGAAGGAUUUCUUCUAUCCUUGCAAGAUUUCAAAAGCCCAAUUUUCUGCAGUAUAGGUUCAUCGAUUCAUCUCCUGUCUAGGCAUUUCAUAUUGCUAUGAUGUUUUAUUCCUGGAACCAUGUUCAAAUUGACAAGUGCAAGAGGCAUUUCAAACUGAAGGCAUUCCAUAAUGCUGACAACUUGGAGUUGGGCUGAUAAGGGUCUUCCAGAUAUAUCAAGAAAGGAAAGGAUGAACUAGAUCCAUUAGCUAGAGAAGAGGAAGCCAAGGAGAAGGAGAUAUGUAAUCAUGUUUAUAUGUUGGGGGGGGUAAAAAUAGGAAGAAUAAUAUAUGUAUUCUUCUGGUUUAAACGUGUGACUUAUAAUGUACCAGGAAUUCAAGCGGUAAAACAUUGUGGGUAAGCCCUGCCACUGCCUAUGUAUGGUCACAACUGAAGCAUUGACUGGCUCCAGUAAUUUUCACGGUAGAUCUGCCAAAAGCCACCUUCUGCCUCCUGCUUUUUUCAGAUCCACUGUUAGAUAGAACUCUCUCAUGCAGAAGCUAAGUCAGGAAGAGCCGCUUCCACCCCAGCAGGAUUGCAGCCCAAUUUCUCUCCCCACUGCCUCCCCCCUCUGCCCAUGGCUACAGCUUGGCUGGUGAACUGAAGUGGUCAUCACUUUCCUCUCUCUCCCAUGUGAGCCUCUGGGCAGACCCAUAACAUGCCUUUUGGAGCACAGCCAAUGGAGCACAGCCAGUGCUUCCAGAGGGAAUAACAGCUGCCAAAUUACAGGCAAAGAGGUCCAAGAUUUUGUUUUGAUUUUGUUUUUGUUUUUUGUCCUCUGUGCUCGGUGUAAAACUUCUACUUUGCUUAUUUCCCCUUUUGGUCUUUAACCUUUAUUUUUGGAAGAAUUGGAUGAAAUUGUCAGGCAUGUUUUUGUUUUUUUCCCAUUCAGUGGGAAUGAAUCCUUCCAAAAUUAAAAAGAAUACCUGCUGCAAAGUUUCUGUAGACUUUCCGUUUGAGGUAGCUAACAAUAAGCCACAUAAAUUGCCUUGUUGUUUUACAGUCAUAUAUGAAAACAGUGUAUAUGAGAGAAGUUCUUCUGGGAAAGAAAUCUUCCAAAUUAUGGACAAAUAAGUGUAGGGUUGUUUUGUGCUGGGCACAAACCAAAUUAAAAGAAAUUUGCUUCCCUGUCUGUGGUUUUGAGAGCAGUGAUGUUAGUAUGAGAAUAGCACACAUCAUACAGGUAUCCAUAGGAAAGUAACCUGCACAAUUGCAGGAGGACAGAGGCUAUGAAAUUAUGAUGAAUGGAGGAUGGGCUGCUUCAGGCCAGUGUUCUGCUCAAAUUAAAUCAAGUAUCCGAGGAACUGAAGGAAAAGCUGGGUACAUGUGUGCUAAGAUUUACUCUUUUUCAUUUAUUGCUGUAGAAACUGAGAAACGCACAGGACAAACAAGUGAGUAUCCUUUGAAUGAAGAACUAGCCACAAAGUGCCCAUAGUCUUUGAUAAACUGCAAGCUUCUUUCCUGCACUUAUGUGAGCCUUUCUUACCAGCUCCUUGAUACACAACCAAAGGCCAGCAGCAGACUUGGGCUGGCACCGAGAGAGCCCUUGGGGUUUUCUCUCCCUUCCCGAUCUCCAGAUAGGCAUUUGGGAGGAAGGGUUGGAUAUACAUCUCAAAAUGACUCUGUGACCUGAAAAUAGAGACAAUGCACCUACUUUUAUAACCCAAGAAAAUCUUUAAUAAAAAUUAUUUUCAAAAUAGAAAAUAAAAUAAUAAAUUUAAAUAAUAAAAAUUAUUUAAAAAAUAGAAAAUGAAAUAAACAAAUCCAUGUACCUAGUAGAAUAAAGAGCAUGGGGAACAGGCCCACCUAUUGAUUGCUAAAGAAAUAACUUUACUGGAUGUUGUGCUGAUGAAUCAUUCAUUGUUCUUGGGGCAGUGAAAUAACUCAUUAUCAUAAAAGUUUAUAUGUGAUAAUAACAGCUUUCAUGAUACACAUAGGAGGGACAUGGCUGCAGUGGGGAAGGAGGAGAUGAACAGCCAGCAGUGGUGAGGACCAGGGGGUGGAUGCCUGGCAGUGGCAAGGAACAAGGGGUCAUGGGGGGUCACAGGGAGCAGCACUGUGGGUUUUGCAUCUAGUAUGCACUGAAAGCAACAUAGGACCUAUAUGGAUUUUCAGUUGUGUAGCUUGACCUCACAUCUUAGUCAUUCGCCUCUUCUCGUUCAUUUUCUUAACUCUUCAUUGUUCUAAUUCAAGUCAUUCUUUUAUAGGUGUUUGUGAAUUGGAACGCCGUGUUGGUGAGACAAAAUUUGAUGUAUGGAUUUGGAGGCAGGGAUUAGGGAUUGAAUUAAUAAGGAAGGAGUAGGAUGGUGGCAUGCAUUUUGGUAGGAGAAAGUACUGUAUUUUGCAAUUUGGAUCAGAAUUAUUUUUUGCUAACAUUUAUUUCAUGUAUAGUUAGUACUAUAUAGAAUUCCAAAUAUAUAAUAGUAUUAUGAGUUUAUCCUGCAAUAUAUUUUGCUUAGGUUGGAUCCAGAUUAGGUUAGUUGCACUUAGUCCACCUUUAAAUCAAUGGGACAAAUAGGUCACCAUGACUAAUUUCUUACUUUAAUUUCAAUAGGACCUAAGUGUGACCAAGGUCACAUCUGCACCAUAUAUUUAAAACAAUAUUAUACCACUUUAUCAGUAAUGGCUUUCCCCAAAGCAUCUUGGAACUGUUACUUGUUAAGGGUGCUUGGAGUUGUGAGGAAACACGCACAACCACUAUUCCUUUAAAGCCCUAAACUGCCUUGGUCCUGUAUACCUGAAGGAGCGUCUCCACCCCCACCGUUCAGCCCGGACACUGAGGUUCAGUGCCAAGGGCCUUCUGGCGGUUCCCUCAAUGCGAAAAGUGAGGUUACAGGGAACCAAACAGAGGGCCUUCUCAGUAGUGGGGCCCGCCCUGUGGAAUGCCCUCCCAUCAGAUGUCAAGGAAAUAAGCAGCUAUCCUAUUUUUAAAUGACAUCGGAAGGCAGCCCUGUUUAGGGGAGUUUUGCAUGUUUAAUGCUUUAUUGUUUUUUAACACUUGAUUGGGAGCCACCCAGAGUGGCUGCGGAAAUUCAGCCAGAUGGGCGGGGUGUAAAUAAUAAAUUAUUAUUAUUAUUAUUAUUAUUAUUAUUAUUACCCCCCUCACAGAGCUGCACUUUCCAGAGGAUUGAUGGUUAAACCACCGUGGGAAUUAUAGCUCUAUAAGGCAUCUCCUAACAGCUCUCAGCAUCCUUAACAAACUGCAGUUCCCAGGAUGCUUUAGGGGUAGUCAUGGAAUAAUAAUGCUAUAAAUAUAAGUUGAGGAUGUGGACUAAGUUUGUCAUGAUGCACAACCCCAUAUAUUUUGACAAUGAUAUCACUAAUUGGUAUAUUCUUUCACUUCAGGUCAAAUCUCCAAUGAGCUGGGUAAGGCAGAUGGCUUUUGAUGAGGCAAUGAUUGUUCUGAACUGAAGUAUUGUUUUCUAGUAUGUUAAUUGGGUCUAAAUCACUUUAUUCAAUUCUGAAAAAUUCUGGGUUGUUCACUUGUUUCAUAGAUGUUUCUCUGUUCUCUAUGAUUGAUAAAUUUUCUCUUCUGUUUGUAGAGGUUAGAAGAGCUCAGCAAUAUGCAGGUAAGGAAACUGUCAUGAUUAGGCUUAAUGCAUGGAUAUGCAUACAUGACUCAAAUGUCAUCACUCAGUGACUUUUCACUUGUGGUCCUUUUUCAUAUGAAAACAUCACAGUAGCAAUGGAUUAAUUCAAUUUGUGCUUUCAUAGUUUUAAUGAAUACUGAGGCAAUCAGAAUUCAACAUCGGGGCGGCUAAAACUGUCCUAUCCUUGCUCCAGUUGUAUGAAAGUGCAGAGCUGACAUGGACCAGAGAGGAAUGGAGCUAACAGAUUUCAUUAGGAUUGCACUUUGUAUUUGGCUGUCUGUAUAGGAAAGUCAGCACUGGAGCUCUUUCUCAUGUGUAUUAUUAUCAAUUAAUCUCAAAAGGGCCCCGGGCAGAAAACGAAUACACAAUGUAAAAUUAAAAACAAAACAAAAACAUUCUGAAACAGGGGAAGGUGUGAUGACGACACCUCUACAGCCAUGUCUUCUUAUUGUACAGAGUUCCUACACAAAUGUGUUGGCAUUUCUAUAUAGACAAACAAAUUCAGUUUCUGUAUCCAAGUUGUGCAGUAACUAUAAUUGGUCAGCUAUGAAAUAAAAUGUGUUUUCUACAGCAGAUUGAAACAUCUACUACUCCUGAACUAAACAUGGUUUCCUUUCUCCCUCUGAUUGCUUCCCUUAUAGUUGCUGUCACUUUGGAUUCAUAUUAUAAACAUCCAGAAAUCAGCAGGAGUGAAGAUAAAAAAAGAGCCAGCCUUCAAACUCUCCUCCCAGGGAAAGGAGUAACUGCUAUGGGAACUCAGAUUUUUGUGGGGAAAGAAGGUUAUGCUGCUGGGAAACACUACUGGGAGGUGGAGGUGGGAGAGAGGGUGGACUGGGAGCUGGGGGUGCUGACUCAGGCUGAAAGAAAUUCAGAAAAGAAAUUCCGAAAGAAAAAGGUUGCUAAGUCCUUUCAGGAAGGCUGCUGGGCUCUCAAAAGCAGCCAAGGAAAAUUAUUUUCCAGCCCAUGUGAGAAAGAGAUUGAAAAGAUUCAAGAUGUGUCUUAUUCAGUGAUUGGUUUGUUACUGGAUCAAGAAAAAUGGGAAAUCUCAUUUUAUAACUGCAGAGGUGCCUUUUUCCUUAUGGAUUCUAUCCCCAUUAAAUCCAGGGACAAAUUGUACCCAUUUUUAGAUUGUGGCAAUGCUUCAGAAAACAGUGGUCCAAAGUCGUUGAAGAAAAGCAAUGCUUCAGAAAACAGUGGUCCAAAGCCAUCAGAGAAAAGCAAUGCUUCAGAAAACAGUGGUCCAAAGCCAUCAGAGAACAGCAAUGCUUCAGAAAACAGUGGUCCAAAGCCAUCAGAGAACAGCAAUGCUUCAGAAAACAGUGGUCCAAAGCCAUCAGAGAAAAGCAAUGCUUCAGAAAACAGUGGUCCAAAGCCAUCAGAGAAAAGCAAUGCUUCAGAAAACAGUGGUCCAAAGCCAUCAGAGAAAAGCAAUGCUUCAGAAAACAGUGGUCCAAAGCCAUCAGAGAAAAGCAAUGCUUCAGAAAACAGUGGUCCAAAGCCAGCAGAGAAAAGCAAUGCUUCAGAAAACAGUGGUCCAAAGCCAGCAGAGAAAAGCAAUGCUUCAGAAAACAGUGGUCCAAAGCCAUCAGAGAAAAGCAAUGCUUCAGAAAACAGUGGUCCAAAGCCAUCAGAGAAAAGCAUUUCAAACUUGUAA